AUGAUUCUCGAUCGGGAAGCUUUGGAUGAAUUAUUCGGUUUCUUGGGUACAGUUUGGGUUUCGUGGGAAUGGAGAUUGACUUUUGGGAUCGACAUCUCGCGGAAAUGGAUUUCGGUGGGUUCUCGAUUGAUUCGAUGGAUUUGGGUUUUCUUGCGACUGCAAAUCCUCCGGCUAGGGACAGUCUCGGUUAUCUGGAAGUCUGUGGAUGAAGAUCCGCUGAUGGCGGAGCUUGGGAAAUACGAAGUCUUUGUAUGGGGAUCCGCUGAUAGAGGCGAGGGUGAAGGGUGGGGCUAUGACCACAAAACAAGUUUGUUGGGAGGUACAAGGGAAGAUAUGGGAUUUCGCUUCUGGGAAGAAAUUGAUCAAUAUGGGAAAAGAACAUUUGGGCCACAUGGAUCUGAUACUCCAGGAUUUGUUAAGGAAACAGGGGAUACCCUUUUGGCAAUGGCUCCAGGUUACCUUGGGGUUGUCAAUGGAAGCAACAAAGCCAAAGCUACACUGCUGCCGAAGCUUAAGGAUAUGAAUGCCUUACUGGUCAUGUUCCCGCGGAUAUGGAAGGUCGAUGAUCGUGUCGCCGGAGCAGAUCUCAGCAUGGGGCGUUUCCAGUUUGACUUUGAUGAAGAGGAGGACAUUAUUUCUGUCAUGCAGAUGGAGUCGUACCGCUUUGAUGGUUGGAUGGUGGAAGUCAAUGAGGAGCAACUCGGGUCUAUCCACAGAGAGAAGGAAAGCAACGAUAUGAGGGCACAAUCAGGGGAACUGGAUUUCAAUCAAGGAGAGAUCGGGAUGGAUGAUUUAGGUGAUAUGGUUGACAAAGUGGCUAUGGAAGAUGUGCCAGAGGGUGAAAGGAAUGACACGGUCACAAGCGAUCAUAAUGACCCGUCAGAGGCUGAUCUUCUGGAACUGGGCGAUGAUCUGGGGGAUGAGGACGAGAUGGAGACUCUCUGUAUGGACGAGACGGGUGCAGAGGAACAGGGCAUAAUGGGGAAGGACGAUUCGGGACACACUAUGGACCGGGGUCAGUUUGAAGAGGCAAUGAUUGAGGGGGGCGAUAGUGAUGAAACGCUGGAGCAUAAGGAAGAUAAAACAGCAGCGAAGCCUGUCUCCAAGGUUGGAGCGGAGAAGAAGUGA